AUGCAGGAGAAUGAUCUGCACGAGAACACUUGGCUGAACGUGCCCGCCUUGCACUCGCUGGACAACGUGGUCAUCCUCGACGAUCACUGGGCGAGGGCGGCGAAGGAGCACCGUUGCCUCUUCUUCAUGCCGCUUCAUCUUCCGGUGUGGAUCGAACGGCUGGAGCGUGCGCUCGCGGCGGAAGAGAGUAGCGGCAAGACAGGCGACUGGUACUGGCUGCCUCGCGAAGCACUGGCCCUCAACGGAACGCGGAGCGCCUGGGCGACCCGUGGAUCGGCCCUGUCGCUCUACGAGUAUCAACCGGUCGUCGUGCCUCAUCUUCACGACAGCAACAAGUAUAGAUGCUACGGGCUCGAGACCAUCCGCGAAGCAUGCCAGCAGCUAAGGACAGUUUUCGACGAGAACGCUCCCACGCGGGGUGUCCACAAGCUGAGCGGCGGUGGCGUGCCCCUGCAGUACGAGCCGCCACUACCGGUCAUGCAUCUCGCCCUUUCGCCCAUCGAGACCGCCGCAGUCCUCGCCGAGCGGCUCGACGAGUGGAGGCGUCAGAAAAGACUUCUUGAGGACUGGGCGCGUGACGUCGAAGAGGCGAAGGAGUGGGGCCAUGAUGCGCCGCCGGAGCCUCGCGUGGACGCCGAGACGCUCGAGUGGCGCGAGCACGCACUAUACUUUCUCUCGCUCGCGGGCACACAGUCCACGACGGCGUGGCGCGAGCUGGAGCGUCCUGCCGGUCUGCGUUCGCCGCCGCCUCUGCCCGCCGGCGACGUGGUCAUCACUGCGCGUCGCCGCAUCUACACGCCGCCGCAUCUCCACGCUCGCUCGGACUCGCAAGACUCGCAGGCGACCGUCACCGACGAGCUCACGGCUGUCCUGGCCGGUGCCAGUGCCACCACGAGCACGGCCUCCUCGUCGCGUGACACCACAGGUCUCUCGUUUCAGAACCUCUCGCUCGCCGCGCUCACGGCCGAAGAGCGUUUCGAGCUUGGCUCAGCUGCCCGUCGCGCGGGGCAGCAGAACGACGGAGCGUGA